AAAAAUACACUUGUAAUGAAUGAAAAAGAUGGGAAAUCUCAACUGAGAAAAACAGAAAGUAUAAAAAAGAACCAGGCGCGAGCCCAGCGUCCCCGCGGCGGGCAGCAGCGGCGACAGCGGGGUCGGUGGAACGCCGAGGGGGUGGACGGAGCCCGCGGCGGUGGCGGCGGCGGCGGCGGCUGCAGCAGCGAAAUGGUGGAGACCUUGACGGACACCCGGCGGCUGAUCACCAAGCCGCAGAACCUGAAUGACGCCUACGGGCCUCCCAGCAACUUUCUUGAGACCGAUGUAAGCAACCCGCAGACAGCGGGAGUCGGCCGGGGCCGGUUCACCACCUAUGAAAUCAGGGUCAAGACAAAUCUGCCUAUUUUCAAGCUGAAGGAAUCUACCGUUAGAAGAAGAUACAGUGACUUUGAAUGGCUGCGAAGUGAAUUAGAAAGAGAGAGCAAGGUUGUAGUUCCCCCACUGCCUGGGAAAGCAUUUUUGCGUCAGCUUCCUUUUAGAGGAGAUGAUGGAAUAUUUGAUGACAAUUUUAUUGAAGAAAGGAAGCAAGGGCUGGAGCAGUUUAUAAACAAGGUCGCUGGUCAUCCUCUGGCACAGAAUGAACGUUGUCUUCAUAUGUUUUUACAGGAUGAAAUUCUAGAUAAAAGCUAUACUCCAUCUAAAAUAAGACAUGCCUGAAAUUUGGCAAGAAGGGGCAAGAAAAACUUUCCAUGACUAUUAAUGAUUCAUAUGCAGCAGUGAAGAAGUUCUAACUAACUUUAGCAUGCUGCACAAAAACUGGUAUAAUAUGCCUUCAGUAUACUAACACUCAGAAUGCUCAGGUUUGUUCUGUUUUGUUUUGGCAGUUUACAAAGAAGUUAAUUUGCUUUCGUGAAAAAAAUCCCUCAUUCCAGACUUUCUAUAUAAAUAGUUCUCUCUUGCUGUUUUAAUGUGGUACACACUCUAGCUUCACAAACCUGUUACUCUAGUAUAACUUGCAGUGUCCUAACUAAAGUUACUCACUUGGUCUUACAUGCAGUUUUUGUGUCAUGUUUGCUUCUUGAAUCUGAUUAAUAGAAUUUUUCUCUUAUCCCCUUUUUAAUAUGUGG